AACCUUGAAUAAUAUACAAAUUUAAUUUAAAAUCUAGCGUUUAAAGAGAGUAUAUUUGCAAUAAGAUAAUAGAUGAGAAAAACAGUGAUAAUCAAAUAUGAUGAACAUUUCAAUUAGAGAGAUUCAUUAAAAUAAUAAAAGGUUUUAUUAAAAGUUGUAGUUUUUACAAAUUUUCACGGUCGUAUCGAUUGAAACAUUAAAUAACUAGCAAAGUUUUACCAACGUGUAAUCAUUCGUGUUGUUGUUCUAACGUUGGAAGGAAUCAUGUCGAAACAACCAGGAAUAACAAUUGAUUUGAAUAAAGAUAUUGAUAUAGGAGGUUUGCGAAUAAAAUAUAAAGAUAGAAAUGAAACAUUUACGGAAGAUCAAUUAGUAAGCAAAGAUCCGAUUGAACAAUUUAGAGAAUGGUUUACAAAAGCAUGUACUACGCAGAAUAUAGCUGAACCAAAUGCUGCAUUUCUUGCAACUGCAACUAAGGAUGGCUUUCCAUCUGUAAGAGCAGUAUUAUUAAAAGAUUAUAAUGCGGAUGGUUUCAAAUUUUAUACUAAUUAUAAUAGCAGAAAGGGUAGAGAAAUAGAAGAAAAUCCUAAUGUUGCAAUGACCCUCUACUGGGAACCAUUACACCGAUCUAUACGAAUAGAGGGAAUAGCUGAAAAAACUUCAGCUGAAGAUUCAGAUAAAUAUUUUCAAAGUCGACCAUAUCCUAGUCGAAUAGGAUCAACAGCAAGUCAUCAAAGUUCCGUCAUUGCUAACAGACAAACUCUUAUCAUAAGAGAAAAAGAAUUACUUGCUACGACUACUCCAGAAACCAUUAAAAGACCAGACUAUUGGGGUGGUUAUUUAAUUAGACCAAAGUCAAUAGAAUUUUGGCAAGGGCAAAGUGAUCGCUUGCAUGAUAGAAUUAUUUUCAGAAAGCCAAAACCUAACGAAAAAAUUGAUGAUAUUUUCGUUCAUAAAGGAGAAAAUGGUUGGGUUUAUGAAAGAUUAUCGCCUUAAGAAUUAGAUUUUAGUAUUUUAAUUAAUUGCAUACUUAUCAUGCAAUGCUUUUCAAUUUCAAUUGGUUUGUGUACACAUAUU